UUUGCGCACAUAAUUACAGUUAAUUAGCACUCUGCAUUCACAAUAUGGAGAGAGUUUCUCUAAUUUUCCUACAUUCUCUACUCAUGUUGUUUUCUUGGCUUACCCUUGCUACGACUGAUCAAAUCAAAAGUGAUGAAUCUUCACUUCUUGCCCUCAAAUCCCGCAUCACUUCAGAUCCCGACAAUUAUUUGAAAAAUAAUUGGACCAUCGGAACCUCCAUUUGCACAUGAAUAGGAGUUACGUGUGAUUCACGUGAUAGUAGGGUGACUGCUUUAGAUCUCUCAUAUAUGGGACUCGAAGGCAGCAUCCCACCAGAAAUCGGAAAUCUUUCUUUUCUUGUUUCUCUAGAUUUGAGUUUGAACUCUCUUUGCGGCCCCCUACCAAAGGACAUCUGCAGGCACAACAACCUUCAAAGACUCGAAGCACUUUACCUCUUCUCCAACAAAUUGGAGGGUGAGAUACCAUUGAGUUUGGGUGAAUGUCCACAGCUUGAGUUUAUUAACUUGUCAUACAACAACUUUGGUGGACAUGUGCCAUCACAAAUUGGGAACAUCACACAACUUAAGGCAUUAGACCUUAGUUGGAACAAUCAAAGAGGUACUAUUCCAAAAGAGAUCGGAAAUCUUCAUAAUUUACGAUACAUGAAGUUGGAAUCUAACCAACUUAUCGGAUCAAUUCCGAGAGAAGUGGGGAACAUGACAGCUCUUUACGAAUUACAGCUCCGCAAUAAUAGUUUAAGUGGAGUGAUUCCACAAGAGAUUCAUCAUCUUCAUAAUUUACGAGAGUUGGACUUCAGUUCGAACAAGUUGUCAGGCACUUUGCCACCAAGCAUUUUCAACAUGUCUUCCUUGAAAAUGAUUGACUUAUCAAGUAACACACUUAGCGGAGCAUUGCCUUCAGAAAUUGAGUACAUGAAUGAACUAGAUAUUUUGGAACUUGACAACAAUGCUUUAAUCGGUCCAAUACCAUCUACUGUUGGAAACCUAUCAAGUUUGUACCACUUAAAUCUUGGUUCCAACAAAUUUAAUGGUUCAAUACCAUCUACCAUUGGAAACCUAUCAAAUUUGGGCCACUUGUAUCUCGAUUCAAACAAAUUAAAUGGUCAAAUACCAUCUACCAUUGGCAAUCUACCAUUGGAUAUUCUACAUCUCUCUUCCAACAAAUUAAUCGGUGAGCUUCCAUCCUCCAUCUGUAACUUGACAUCCCUUGAUACGCUUCUUCUCUCAAAUAACACUUUGGAAGGAAUAAUUCCACAAUGCUUUGGAAAUUUGAGCUCUUUGGUCAUCUUUCAUCUAAAUAAAAAUCAGUUUCGUGGUCACAUUCCAUCAACAUUUAGCAAGGGGUGUAGUCUUGUGUCCAUCAAUUUGAAUGGUAAUGAAUUGCAAGGACAAUUACCUAAAUCCUUGAUCAAUUGCCAAAGUCUACAAGGCCUCGACAUUGGAAAUAAUAGAAUACAAGACGAAUUUCCCUUUUGGAUGGAUUACCUUCCUUGGCUUCGAGUGUUGGUCUUAAGGUCUAACAAGUUUGAUGGUAACAUGUCACUUCCUUCACAAACCAAGAUUCCAUUUCCUAAUUUGCAAGUUUUAGAUAUAUCUCAGAAUAGAUUUGUGGGUUCUCUGCCUCAAAGAUAUUUCAAGAAUUUCAAAGCAAUGAUAGAGGUGAAUGAAACAAACUUGUCAAAUGACGACACCUUUCGUUUAUAUGUGGAGAUGAGGCUCACCUUGAAAGGUUUGGAUCAAUUAUUAGAGAGAUUGUUGUCAGCCUUUACAACAAUUGACUUAUCCUCCAACAGGUUUUCUGGGAGUAUUCCAGAUUCCAUAGGAAAUCUUAAGAUUCUCAAAUACUUUAAUUUGUCCCACAAUAACCUCAUAGGAAAUAUACCUUCGUCUCUUGGAAGUAUGAGUGAACUUGAAUCAUUGGACUUGUCUAUGAACAAGUUAGAUGGAGCAAUUCCAAGUGAAUUGACAAGGUUGACAUUUCUUUCGACGUUAAACCUUUCAAUGAAUAAUCUUGUUGGACAAAUACCACAAUCUACUCAGUUUUCCACAUUUGUGAAUGAUUCAUAUAUGGGAAACCGGGGAUUGUGUGGAGUUCCGUUGACGAGAAAGUGCAAAGAGGAGAAUGGGCAGUGGAUGAAACCAGAAGAAGAAGAAGAUGAUGAUGAGUAUGGAUUUAUAGAUGGAUUUGGUUGGAGAAGUGUGGUGAUGGGAUAUGGAAGUGGAUUCAUAGUUGGAAUUGGAAUCGGUUACAUUAUUAUUAGAAAAGCAAGGCCAAGAUGGUUAGUGGAAUUCUUUUUUGGCGUUGGAUAUAAUUAUAAGAUGAAGAAGAGACACAGCAGAGCUACACCAACACGCCGCAGGAGAACUUAAUUGAAGGCGCUUCUGCUUGAGUUAUGUUUUCGAUUUAUUUUUUCCUUUUUAGUGGCUACUUAGAGUGUUUGUGCUCGAUUUCAACUUUAGAGUUUAUGAAAUGUGUUCGUAAGUUCGAAUCUGUAAAGUUUUAAUUUUAUCUCGUUUAGGUAAUUUUUUUAGAGUUUUUUUUUUUUUUGAGAAU